UGCUGGCGGAGCAGGCGGCGGUUGCGGUAGUGGCGGCCGGAGGAGAGGUGCUCGAGGAUGCGGUCGCGGCGGACGCGCAUGGGCAGCUGGCAGGAGGUGCAGUACAGAGUCUCCACCACCGCCGCCUCCCCGGCCGCGCCGCGCUCCAGCAGGUGCCGCUUCACCGCCAGCUCCGAGAACUCGGCCGCGUAGUCGUGCAGAGUCUUCUUCUUCCGCCCCAUGGCGGCGGCCCCGGUGCGCCCCUCCCGCCCCGACGGAAGCGGAAGCGCCGCCACGGUGAUGCCGCCGUUGCCUGGCAACCGGCAGCGACGCGUCCGAGGCUCGGUCCUGCCUCACUACCGCUCCGGUUUCACUCCCAGUCCGAGUCCUGAGCCCGAAUCCAUCCAUCAGUGCGGUCCCACUCGCAGUCCUGUGCCCGUCCCAGCCUCGCACCUGUCCCCUCCGCUGCUGUGACCGGAUCGGACUCCGGGCACCGGCCCGCAACCCCCAGCCCUGAGUCCACCCGAGCGCUGUCCCCUCUCCAGCGCGGGGAUGGACGCGGAGGGCACAGGGGAAGCAGCCGCCGGUGCCGGUGGCAGAGAGGAGGAUGCUCAAGGGACCUCGCAAGAGGCGCCGGUGGCAGAGCUCCCCGAGAGCCAGCAAAGCGACCGGGAGCUGCGUGAGGAGCUGCGGAGAGCAAAGGAGGAGUACAACAUGGCCACAGGUGCCAUCUGCUCCUUGCAAAGGCAGCUGGAGAUCCAAGGAUCCCAGCUCCGCAGAGCCACGGCUGAGAAGGAGAUGCUCCAAAAGCAGCUCAGAGAGAGGGAGAAGCAGCUCCAAGCCAUGUCCAGCAAGUUCUGCAGCCUGAGAGAAGAAAGGAAACACGAGGAGAUGCUGGUGGCCAUGCAGGAGGAGAACUGCAGCCUUCAGCAGCUUGUUACAGAACAAGAAUCCCAACUGGCUGAACAGAAGCAGCUGCUGGGUGAGCUGCAGGGCACAGUCAGCCAGCUGCAGGCAGAGGUUCUGGCCAGCCAACGCCAUCUCCAGAGGCAGCAGCAAGCGCAAGAGGUGCUGCAGAGCCAGGCUGAGACGCUGCAGCACAGGGAGCUGCAGGCAAGAGUGGCACUGGAGCAGGUCGCCAGCAGGUUUGACAGAUUCAGAAGCAGAAUCCUGCAGGCUACCUUCAGCACAGCAGGCAGCAAAGCUCCCCAGGCAGAGCUCUCUGACCAGGACGUGCUGGAGGCGAUGCAGAAGAUCAUUAAUGAGUGGGUGGAGUCCCAGCAGCUGCUGACACAGAAUGGUGCCAAGGUCCCCUCACUGCACAGCACCGACACAUCCACUCCCACCCAUGCCAAGAGCAGGAGAAAGAGUUCUGUAAAGUAGCAGCUUUCAAGGCCUGGACAGCAGCCCUGAUAUCAUCAGCAGCAGCAGGCUCCUGCUGCCUGGCUCUGGCCAAUUAAACUCUCUUUACUCAAGUUCUGUGGAGUAUGUUUCAAUCACU